UCUAAAGUUAUUUCAUGCAUUGUCCAGGGACACCCUGACUGGAAUCAAAAUGGAGCUGAUCGGAUCUACUUUGACAGCUACAUAUGCUCGUCCGAAAACCAGCCACUUCCUCCCGGCCAUCUCCACCAUGGCAUCCAGCUAUCGCAACACCCAGCCUGCCUUGGCCAUGAACCCCAGUGCCAACCUGUGGAGGACCAGCGGCUAUUACAAGAACGGCAACACGAUCCAAUCUCCCUCUUCUUCCAUGCAGCGAGAGAAUUUAGAUUUGGUUCGAGCCAAGACCAUGUUCUACCCUUCCAACAGGACAGUGCUUUCAACUCGCUACACUCCGGACGACUGGUACAGGUCCAACCAGAUCAACUACAGGGAGUCCGAGUCAUCCAGGAAUAGCGCGGAAAGACUACGUAGAGACACAAUCAGGCUGAUGCAGGAUAAGGAGCAGCAGACCAGACGGACUCAGGAGAGUACCAGCAAAAACAUUGGGGAGCGGCUCAAUGACAUUGUCUUCUGGAAGUCGGAGCUGAGUCAUGAGAUUGACAACAUGGUGACAGAGAUAGCAGCCCUUGCCGAGGUCAAGAGGAGGCUGGAGAGAGCUUUGGCAGAGACACAGGGGCCCCUACAGGUGUCUCAAGAGUGUUUGUACCACAGAGAGAAGCGGAUGUCCAUCGAUCUGGUGCAUGACGAUGUGGAGAAGGACCUCAUAAAGGAAGUGGAAGUCAUCAAGUCCUGUCAGGAGAGGAUGAGACGGCACCUGGACAGAGCCAUCGCUCAGCUGGCGUCAAACCGAGCUGCCCAGCAUGAAUUGGAAAGAGACAUAAGCGACAAAGUGACAGCUCAGAGGAUUGAUGGCAGGUGCCACCAUCUGAGGAACACAUCAGACGGAAUCGGCUACUACAGAGGGAUUGAAAGACUUGACCCUUCACUCUCUCUGCCAGACUCGUGGUCCAAAUUCACUGAUGACAACAUCCUGCACUCCCAGAGCGAGCGAGCCUCCUCCCACAAGCUCAGGGACGAGAUAGAAAUCCUCCUGAACACCACGUCCAACGAAAUGUGGAACCAGUUCAACAACGUCAACGUGGCCUUCACAAACCGCAUGUCAGAAACUGCAGAUGCUAAGAACAGCCUGCAGACACACCUCGCAAAGACCCUGCAGGAGAUCUUCCAGACUGAGAUGUUGAUUGAGACCCUGAAGAAGGCCCUAAGAGACAAAGAGUGUCCAUUGAAAGUGGCCCAAACCAGGCUUGAGGAGAGGACCCGCAGGCCCAAUGUGGAGCUCUGCAGAGACAACCCUCACCACAGACUUGUGAGUGAGGUGAGAGAGAUCGAGGAUACCAUCCAGAAGCUCCAGGAGAGGCUGAUGGAGGCUGAAAACACUCUGCAGAAUCUGGUCAAAACCAAAGUCACCCUGGAGCAUGACCUGUCCAUCAAGGCCAACUCGCUCUUCUUAGACCAGGAGAAGUGCAUGAGCACGCGCAAGAGCUUUCCUAGCAUGCCCCGUCUGGUUGGCUACACGUAAAAGAGUCUUCACCAAGGGAGCCUUGGAGAACCGAAAUGGACAUUUUGACUUUUUUUCAUGUAUUUGAAGUGAUGAAGAGGGUGAUGUGGGUUAUUUGAAUGUGUGGAAAAUAACAUGACUUUGCAGGCAAUGAUAACAGAGUCUGACAAUAAAUGGUGCAUUAUUCCAAUACUGAGAA